CCAGCUAUAAUCACGUGACUGCUUCAUCCGGGUCCUUUGCGUUCUCUAUCCCUCUCCCAACAUGGCGGCCUCAGCAAAAAAGAAGAAUAAGAAGGGGAAGACUAUCUCCCUAACAGAUUUCCUAGCUGAGGAUGGGGGUACUGGUGGAGGAAGCACCUAUGUCCCCAAACCAGUCAGCUGGGCUGAUGAAACAGAUGACCUGGAAGGAGAUGUUUCAACCACUUGGCACAGUAAUGAUGACGACGUGUAUAGGGCACCUCCAAUUGACCGUUCUAUCCUGCCCACUGCUCCACGGGCUGCUCGGGAACCCAAUAUCGACCGGAGCCGUCUUCCCAAAUCACCACCUUACACUGCUUUUCUAGGGAAUCUGCCCUAUGACGUGACAGAAGACUCCAUUAAGGAAUUCUUUAGAGGAUUAAAUAUCAGUGCAGUGCGCUUACCACGUGAACCCAGCAAUCCAGAAAGAUUAAAAGGUUUUGGUUAUGCUGAGUUUGAGGACCUGGAUUCCCUGCUUAGUGCCCUGAGCCUUAAUGAAGAGUCUCUAGGUAACAGGAGAAUUCGAGUGGAUGUUGCUGAUCAAGCACAGGAUAAAGACAGGGAUGAUCGUUCUUUUGGCCGAGAUAGAAAUCGGGAUUCUGACAAAACAGAUACAGACUGGAGGGCCCGCCCUGCCACAGACAGCUUCGAUGACUACCCCCCUAGAAGAGGUGAUGAUAGCUUUGGAGACAAGUACCGUGAUCGCUACGAUUCAGACCGGUAUCGUGAUGGGUAUCGUGACGGCCCACGCCGGGAUAUGGAUCGAUAUGGAGGCCGGGAUCGAUAUGAUGACCGGGGCAGCAGAGACUAUGAUAGAGGCUAUGACUCCAGGAUAGGCAGUGGCAGAAGAGCAUUUGGUAGUGGGUACCGAAGGGAUGAUGACUACAGAGGAGGUGGGGACCGCUAUGAAGACCGAUAUGACAGAAGGGAUGAUCGGUCAUGGGGAUCCAGAGACGAUUACACUCGGGAUGAUUAUAGGCGUGACGAUAGAGGUCCCCCCCAAAGACCCAAACUGAAUCUAAAGCCUCGGAGUACUCCUAAGGAAGAUGAUUCCUCUGCUAGCACCUCCCAGUCCAGUCGAGCGGCAUCUAUCUUUGGAGGGGCAAAGCCUGUUGACACAGCUGCUAGAGAACGAGAAGUAGAAGAGCGGCUACAGAAGGAACAGGAGAAAUUACAACGUCAGCUGGAUGAGCCAAAACUAGAACGACGGCCUCGGGAGAGACACCCAAGCUGGCGUAGUGAAGAAACUCAGGAACGGGAACGGUCGAGGACAGGAAGUGAGUCAUCACAGACUGGGACUUCAGCUGCAUCUGGCAGAAAUGCACGAAGGAGAGAGAGUGAAAAGUCUCUGGAAAAUGAAACAUUCAGUAAGGAGGAAGAUUGUCAUUCUCCAACUUCUAAGCCUCCCAAACCUGAUCAGCCUCUAAAGGUAAUGCCAGCCCCUCCACCAAAGGAGAAUGCUUGGGUGAAGCGAAGCUCUAAUCCUCCUGCUCGAUCUCAGAGCUCAGACACAGAACAGCAAUCCCCUACCAGUGUUGGGGGGAAAGUAGCUCUAGCUCAGCCAUCUGAAGAAGGACCAUCAAGGAAAGAUGAAAAUAAAGUAGAUGGGGUGAGUGUCCCAAAAGGCCAAAGUGGGAACUCCAGCCGUGGUCCAGGAGAUGGAGGGAACAAAGACCACUGGAAGGAGUCUGAUAGGAAAGAUGGCAAAAAGGAUCAAGACUCCAGAUCUGCACCUGAGCCAAAGAAAUCUGAAGAAAAUCCAGCCUCCAAGUUCAGUUCUGCAAGCAAGUAUGCUGCUCUCUCAGUUGAUGGUGAAGAUGAAAAUGAGGGGGAAGAUUACGCUGAAUAGACCAGUACAUCUGUGCUUUCUCCUGGUUUCUCUCCAUCCUGGAACAUUCGAGAGCAAAUCAAACCUCUGUCCAGACACGACAAAAUAAAACUCACCAUCUCCUGGAGACCUUUCUUAACUUUUUUUUUUUUUUUUUUUUUUAAAUGAAAUUCUUUUGCAUGCUGCUGCAGCCUUUAAAGUGUUGAACUAACUGGAGAAUCACCAAUGUAGCCAGAGAGAAAGAGACACAGCUUUUAAAGGAGAAGUUGUACAUUUUAUGAUACCAUGCAGUUGCCUGUGUGAUUAGUGCCUAGAGGCCUCCAUUUAGCAGAAAUGGUAACAACAGUGAUUCAAUGUCUGGAAUCUGGUUGGGCGGUAGGGCAGGUAUAAGGAAGAGUGUGAGAGUUCUACCUUUUAAUUCUUACUAUCCUAUUGUGGCAUAUAUGAAUUCUGAAACAUUAUCUGAAUAAAUUAUCCAUCCUUGAAAAGGUAGGUUAAACAGUCUCUGAGGUUGUUUUAGUCUCCAGGAAUCUCUUGAUCCCUGGGACCAGCCUAGGGGGAAUGCCUUCAUUUUUACCCCCCAGGGGGGUAGUAGGAAGUGAAUCUGCAGGCCUUUGUGAAAGAAUAGGACUGCUUGGUGACCAAAAUAUAUGGGAAAAUCAAGAAGCUAUGGGAGGUGUUUCUUUUGCACCAGGUAAUAGGGAAAUGGUAUGACCUCCAAUAAACACAUGAAUGGUUUUUUCCUGGAGCAGGAAGCACUUAGGGGUUGUGGGAAUUCCUGGGUCUUUUAUGUGUCCUGGUUUUGCCCUUUCUAAACACUAUCCUUUCUGAAAGUUCAAAUGUAUCCAACCUUGAAAUUUUUAAAGGUUUAGACUUGUCAUUGUCUUCGUGUUCCUUACACUGUUCCUUAUUGUUACAUCCUAGAAAAUCAGCUUCUGUGUAAGUCACAGAUUUUAGGCAUUUCAUAUCUCAGCCACUGGAAGCUGUCAAAUGAGGAAUCACUGCUUUUCUCAAGCAAAUGGGCUCCUUGAUGUCUUGACUCCCACCCCUUCCCAUCAGCCAUGCCUGCUCCUGUUUCUUUGACCCCUUUUACAGAUCAGAAAACGCAGAAUUAAUGGUCUUCAGUGGUGAAUGAGGAUAGAUAACUAGGAACAGUUAAAUUGGGAGACUUUCUUAACAACCUUGAUUUUUUUUUUUUUUUUUAAAAACACAUUUCCUUCUGUCUGAUAAUCCCGCACCAAUGUUUUGAUUUAUAAUGUGGCCUAGACCAGUGUGUGUGAGUGUGUGUGUUUUUUAGCUUCCCUUGAGAGAAUAAAUGAUGAUGGAGAGAACUGUUUAACAAGGUCCUGGUUUCUCUUGCAACACAGUAGCUUAAAUUGCCUGCUUUUAUGUGCGCCUUUGUACGGGUCAGCUUGGUAGGUGGUAUCCUGGUACCUGCAGAGAAAUGACACCUUGGUCUCUUGUUUGCAAGCCUUUCUCCCAUCAGUCCUAGGCUAGACCCUGUCCAGCCAUGCAGGGGUGCUGGUUUGUUUGCUGCAGCAGUGAGCAUAAUGAAUCAUUUACCCAAUGGACAUGAAAGCUCUUCCAAGUAAAUUAAUUUUAAGUAAUUGGCAUGGAUUGGCUAGUAACUAGGAAGUGGGCUUUUAGAGAGAUACACAAGGUUGAAAGUGGUGGAGUUUUUUUUUUUGUUUUGUUUUUUUAAACCAUUUGCUAUAGAUAAUGAGAAGGUAGGGUUUGCCCUCUUCGUGUCUACUCUCCUUCCAAAUAGUUGUAUCCAAAAGAGCUAUUCUUUCCCAUUCCCCUACUCUGCCCUCCUGUUAAAGCAGAAACGGAUUGAUUUAUGUCCAGCUCCUGAAUACAUGUAAAAUUUGUACAAAAAUAUCUUCUAUGAAAAUGAUUUGUAAUCUGUAGACUUGAUACCUGGGAGAUACCUUGAGAUGUAAAAUCCCCAUCCUUUGGGUUGUGGGUUUUUUGUUUUCUCCAAAUAAAUCUGAUCUUUAAAGUUCA